CACAUGGUGUGUUUUGGUUUUGUUUUAUUAAUGGAAGCAACACAGUCGAGGUGGUACGGGACACUACUCACUGUCAUGAAAAUUCGUGAAAAAAGAUAAAAAAAAAAAACGACAAAAAUAUUAGAAUCAUAUGUAGAUUCUUAUGGAAGGAGAAAGAAACUGCUUUUACCAAGGAGGACCAUUAGUGUUUAUAGAAGAGCUAGUUUAAGCCUUUGGAAUACACAAUAUAGACCGGACCUAGUGAAAAGCUUUUAUCAAUAAAUGCAAUAACAUAUUCUAGGAGGAAAACCUCGAGUGUGAUACUAGACAUAAGUGUGUAUGUGUCACUUGGCGUAGUUGGAGGUGAGGUGACGCGUGACGGCUCUGUGCGUCAUCAUCAUCCAGGCGUGUAGUGGGUGAGGUGACGGCUGGCUCUGUGCGUCAUCAUCAUCCAGGCGUGUAGUGGGUGAGGUGACGGCUGGCUCUGUGCGUCAUCAUCAUCCAGGCGUGUAGUGGGUGAGGUGACGGCUGGCUCUGUGCGUCAUCAUCCAGGCGUGUAGUGGGUGAGGUGACGGCUGGCUCUGUGCGUCAUCAUCCAGGCGUGUAGUGGGUGAGGUGACGGCUGGCUCUGUGCGUCAUCAUCAUCCAGGCGUGUAGUGGGUGAGGUGACGGCUGGCUCUGUGCGUCAUCAUCAUCCACGCGUGUAGCUAGAGCCGAGAUGGGCUGCACGAUGUCCAUGGAGGAGAAGGCGGCUAUGGCCAAGAGUCGGGAGAUCGACCGUGACUUGUUCUUCGCGGCCGAGAGCGCUGCCAGGGACGUAAAGCUCCUCCUCUUGGGCGCGGGCGAGUCCGGCAAGAGUACUAUCGUAAAACAAAUGAAGAUUAUCCACGAGUCUGGGUUCACGAGUGAGGACUUCAAGCAGUACCGGCCGGUGGUCUACUCCAACACCAUCCAAUCCCUCGUGGCCAUCCUUCGAGCCAUGCCCAACCUCGGCAUAUCCUUUGGCAACAACGAGCGGGAGCCUGAUGCUAAGAUGGUGUUCGACGUGAUCUCCCGGAUGGAGGACACUGAGCCCUUCUCUGAGGAACUCCUGUCGGCGAUGAAGCGCCUCUGGGCCGACACGGGCGUCCAGGAAUGCUUCGGUCGCUCCAACGAGUAUCAGCUUAACGACUCCGCCAAGUAUUUCCUUGACGACUUGGACCGGCUGGGAGCCAAGGAUUACCAACCUACCGAACAGGACAUUCUCCGAACUCGUGUUAAGACCACUGGCAUCGUUGAGGUUCACUUCUCCUUCAAGAACCUCAACUUCAAGUUGUUUGAUGUGGGCGGACAGCGAUCAGAACGUAAGAAGUGGAUACAUUGUUUUGAAGAUGUGACAGCUAUCAUCUUUUGUGUUGCCAUGUCUGAGUACGACCAGGUGCUGCACGAAGAUGAGACGACGAAUCGCAUGCAAGAGUCACUUAAGUUAUUUGAUUCCAUCUGCAACAACAAGUGGUUCACUGACACGUCAAUUAUUCUCUUCCUUAACAAGAAGGACUUAUUUGAGGAGAAAAUCAAGAAAAGUCCACUCACCAUAUGUUUUCCAGAAUAUUCGGGAGCACAAGAGUAUGGUGAAGCAGCCGCAUAUAUCCAAGCCCAAUUUGAAGCUAAGAACAAGUCGACUUCCAAAGAGAUCUACUGUCACAUGACCUGCGCCACCGACACAAACAACAUUCAGUUUGUAUUUGACGCCGUGACGGAUGUGAUCAUAGCGAACAACCUCCGUGGGUGUGGACUCUACUAAACUGUGCCUCUCCACCUAGAUGUGUUCAAUGUAGGGGAAACUUGGUACAGUCGUGGUCUAGCCCCCCUCCCCCCUCCUUCAGGAAAUGUACUUGCUUGCCUAGCGAGACAUUUAAUACUGGGAGAUUUUGCUAGUUGUACCAUACCCAUCAGCGACCUGCUCGUUUACUCCUGUUUGGACUGUAAUCAGAGUGAGGAAGCAGCCUAGUAGAUCAGGCUUGUGGAAGGUGGGAUUUUAUUUUAGAAAUAUAUAUAAACAAGAAGUCAGUGAUGCUAUUAAAGGAAUGAUUUAAGAUACAGUAUUUUCCAGUAAUGCCGGAUGUGAUUGUUAUGGUUCUUAAGACGAGGAAACUGUGAAUGAUGUUUGAAAAUUUUGGGAAUCCUUUCCUGUCUUGUAUAUUAGCACCAAUAUAAUUUGUAUUACCUACUGAAGCCUUACAGUUGUAGCUGCUGCCUACAAGUUGGUUUAUCAAGCUAUAAGAUUUAUCAUGGACUGUACUGUAAAUGCAAAACACAGGCACAAGUAAGCAAGAUUGCAUUUUUAUAGCUAGUGCUUUAUUGAAGCAUUGUUUAUAAAUUUUAUCUUGUUAUCACCGAUAACCAACAAGCCUUACUAUAACAAAAUUCACUCAGUAUUUGUCAAUUUUAGGUUUUGUUUGAAGAAAACCCUCUGGGUAUUAAGGUCAGUUGAUAUCCAAGGUUAUAAGGCUGAUAUUGGUGGCUCAGAGCAGUGAGUGUCAUUCUUUCUAGUCAUGUUUGUAUUCUUAGUCAUUCUUCACAAAAGUCAGUGAUGUAACACAAUAGGAAAUUGCAUUUUGAAAUGCAGAGUCAUACUUAGACAAUUACAGGAAAAUCUAAUAAAAAAUGGUUCCCCCUUUUUGAACUAAGGUGAUUGCCUCUUAUCUCUUGGAUAAUUAGUAUAAUUUAUACAUAAAAAGUGACUGGAAGAUAAUUUACUGAUAAGUUCACAAGUGGCCUGUGAUUACUUCCAAUAAAACUACACCUAAGAAAAACAAGAUAUACAUUACCAUUAUUCAUAACAAAGAUCUUGCCAUAGAGGAAAGCCCAUUUCCAAGAGUGAUGACAUGCAUUACAACUACCAUUGCCCUUACAUAGCCAUGUUCCAAUGGCGGAACCUUCCCCCUCACAGAAUUAGUUUUUGAUUGAUUGCUGAAAUAUUCUUGGUUGUUUAAACAAAAUAUCCCCCAAAGAAACUUAAUUGUGUAUCUUUGAUGGUACUGUAUGUACAAUAUUACAGUAGUUGUGUUUGUUCAUGUUAUGGCUAAGAAAUUUACUUCCUGUAGCAUUUAUGAGCGAAGCCAAGGUGUUCACAUCAAAUUCAGAGCUGUUUGUUUAGUAAAGUCACCUGUAACACCCAUGUGAUACUGUACAUGCAAAUUGACAAAGUUCUAACCCCCAUUAUUUUAAAUGUCCCUUUCAAUUGACCUGAGUCUUUGUGUUGACAAUCUGAAUUUUAACAAAUUUGAUUCACGAAGUACACCACACUGCAGUACUGGAUGGGGAGGCGUGGUAGUAAAAUGAAAUUAUAGUAGUGAAAUUAGUUCAUUUUACUGCUACACCUCCCCGUCAAGUGCUGUAGUGCCUUGUCCAUCACGACUCAAAUUUAUUAAAACUCAUGUUGUCAACCCAAAGACUCCAGUCGACAUAAAGGGGCAUUUAAAGCGAGGGGAUUAAAGCUAUAGAAGUCAUAUAUGAUUGCCAACUACUUGGCUUGGCUCUGUCUACAUGUCUAGUUUUAUUCAUUCUUGGUAAUAUAAUAAAUUCAGGAAAAUCGUAUUGUAAGAAAACAGAGACAACAGUUAUAGAAUCAACACACGCACACCAGUGGGUACAAGAUGUGUUAUUAUCUGUACUAAUGAUUACACUUGUAAUUAAUAUUAUCUCACAAAUAUCAAAGGUCUCUUAAACUUGGAUUUAUUCAGUUUUUGACACGAGAUGACUUAAUGAUGAAAAGCCCUUACCAUGGCCUACGCUUGUAUGCAUUCCUCAUACUGUUUAACUCCUGUGGUGUGGAAGUUGGUCAUCAGCCCUUCAUAUAAAAAGUAAUUUUUCUGAGAAGAACAUCUCUCCCUCCCCACCCCCAGCCUUUUUUUUUUUUUUUAUUUCCAUGUAUAAGUGAGAAAUACAUAUUGCAAAACAAUCUGGAUUUGGGACCAUCAUUCUGCAUGUAGUAAGUACUCAGAAGAAUUCCCAGCUUCUGAGAUGAAUCUAUUGGUUAAUAAAUAUAUAGUUAUAUUUAUUUAGUGGUGGUAUUAGACAAAACUAUACAGUAAUUGGUUGGAGACAUCAUCAGAGGUACAUUUCAAACCUAAUAUGAUUUGCCAGAGAAAGUGUUAUUCAAUAAACAUGAUUUGUCCUUGUCUUGUGAAAAGGCAAACUAAGUUUUAUUAGAUCUAUACUAAUCUCUGGUAGUCUGCUAAAUUUUUAAGCAGCUAAACCCCACCAAGACAUUUCAGAAACUCUACAUAUUGUGUAGAAGGAUUGGUAGGGAAGAGCAGACUUGAGGCAAACCUUCCUGGUGAUGAUGUUAUUGACUUGUGUGCUGUGCUUGCCCCCACUGCCUAAAAUAAAUGUUUCGGCCACACCAGGGAGCUCUGCCUCGUACUUUAUCGUAACUCAUUUAUUUGUUUUUCUAAAUCGAUUUAAUAUGCAGUGAUGUCUGUUUCUGUUUAUACACCUUACAACCUUUCUUUUAUAUUCUGUCAUAAGCUUUAUUUCACAUGUUCUUUUUUAUUAUUAAUAGUUGUUGUGCAUGAGGAAUCAUUACAGUUUAUUUGUGUUAUUUUCCUGCAGGAUUAGUUAGCUCAUGCAAUGCCAUUUGCUAUUUUGAGCCAUAGAAAUUUUUUAUAUUUUAUGAAAAGAAUUAAGUUAAAAUAUUACUAAUGUUCAGGGCUCAUUUUGGCAGAUUCAUUGCUUCCCUCCUCCCUUAAUCACAAGAUAACAAUCAGUCCGAUGAUGAUGAUGAUGUUCAUUGUUGUGGAAGUCCAUCACUCUCAUGGGAACUUAUUAUCGAUAAAUUUUAUUAUUUUCCCCUGUGACUAAAGUAUUUAUAAAAUUAUCAAUAUUAAAAAAAACAAAAAAAGAUGUAUGUGUGGUGUUAGGCUUGUUCUUUAAGAGUGGAGAAAGUCACCAACUCUUGUCACUCCCUUUAACUAUUAAGUCAGGUAUAUCCUCUUUGUUCUUACUGUUUAAGAUUGUGGUACAGUGUUCAUAGAACUAUAUUAUUAUUAUUAUGAUGAUGCACAAAAAAAGAGACAAACAUUGAAAAAUCCCUCAAGAAAUCAACAGUGCAGAGAAGGUUCCGAAUAUGUCUUAGAGUAGAGCAUAUCCCUGUGUAAUAAUUGUCUGAAUAUUAUAUUGUAAUGUAAUGUAUAUGGUAUAUUAAAAACCCAUCCUCUCAUGUUUGGUAUAAGAUUGACCGCUCACUUUUGUACAGUGUAUUUGCUUCUCUAGAUAGUAAAUUAAUAUUAAUUAUAUUAAUGACAUUUACAUUUUAAGAGAGGAGAAGAUAUCCGUAACUCUCCUCGAGAACUGUCUGUUGGCGAAUAACUGUCGAUCUGUCGCUAUCUGGGGCAAUGCCACGCAAGGAGAAGUAUUUUUAUUUAUGACUAACCUUUGCAAAAUAAAUGUACAUUUCAUUUGGA